AUGGCGGGUGGGAGCAGCAAGACUGUUUCUGCUGAUGCAGCGGCUGACACAGCCGCUGCAGGGAUCGCCCCUGCGGCGGAUCCCGCGGCUGCCCCAGACACGCAGCCGGCGAACGCCCCAGCAGCAGCAGCAGCAGCAGCAGCAGAGCCUGCAGCAGCGUCUUCUGGGCUGAGGCUGCUGCAGCGCGAAGGUGGAGACUGUCUGGAGUGUCGGCAGCACUUGCUCACAGUGCUGUCUGCUGUAGUGCGAGCGCUGGGGCCAAACCGGCGGCCUUCUUCUGCUGCAGCAGCAGCUUCUGCUGCUGCUGCUGCAGCGGACCGCGCAGCAGCAGCUGCGGAGGCAGCAGCGGAGCGCGCAGACGAGGAAGCAGCAGCAGCAGCAGAGGAAGCUGCGAGGCUGGCGGGAAAGGCGGGAGCAGCAGCAGCGCGCGCGAGGGCGGCGGCCGCAGCAGAGGCAGCAGCAGAAGCAGAGGCAAAUUUUGCUGCUGCAGCAGACGCAGCAGCAGCAGCAGAACAAACUGAAAUCGACCAAAUGAAGGGGCUGGCCCCCCUGUCGCUGGAGGAGCUGCAGCUGCUGGCGGAGUCUGCAGGGGACCCCACACAAGCAGCAGUGCUGCUGCAGCACAACGCUGCUGAGCUGCUGCUGCUGCUGCUGCAGCAGUGGGUGCUGCCGGGCCUGGAGACAAUCUCUGCAGCAGAGGAGCAGCAUCAAUGCAGCCACUCUUCUGCUGCUGUUGCAGUCAGCCGGCGUUUGCUGCUGGUCAGCCGCGCAGCGGGCGUUCCUGCUGCUGCUAUUGCUGAGCUGCUGCUGAUGGCAGCAGCAAACCUGAUAUCUGCGCAGCCGGACCUUGAGCACGGGGAAGCAGCAGCAGCAGCAGCGCCAUCUGCUGCUGCUGCUGCACUCGCCGUGGCGCUGCCGCUUGCUGCUGACGUGUUUGCUGCUGCUGUGCUCAGCUGCACAGACGCAGGGGCCCUCAAGGAGGCCUUCAGGGGCCUUGCUGCUGCACUGAGUCUGCGGCAGCAGCAGCAAACGCCGCAGCAGCAGCUGGCAGACGCGCGCAUGAAGCGGCUGCUGCUGCUGCGCGCAGCACCCACUGCAGCAGCAGCAGCAGACCUCUUCGCCAGGUGUAUGUACAUUUUGCGGCAGGCGCUGCAUGCGCCGCUGCUGGGGGCUUCCACGCACUGUUUGUCUUUGCUGCUGGCAAUAAGUGACAUUGAUGCAGCAGCAGCAGCAGCUCUCAACGCAGCAGCAGCUCAGGCAGCAGCAGAGGCAGCAGCACGGGCAGCAGCAGCAGGCGGCACUGCAGCAGCGUGCCCCACUGAGGAGGACAUGCUGGGCGCGCUGCCGCCGCUGCUGGUGCUGCUGCGGCAGCAGCAGCAGCAGCAGGUGCUGCUGCUGGUGUCCAUAGAAAGAGCAGCAGAGCUGCUGCGGACUCCCGUGCUGCCAGCAACUGCUGCUGCUCCUGCUGUUGCUGCUGCAGUGCCGCCGGAAGCGCGGGCGGAGGCCUUCAUGCAGCAGCUGCGGCAGCAAGUGCUGCAGGAGCAGCAGCAGCUCGAUGAGGAGAGCAGCAACACGUUGGCCAGUUUGCUGCUGCUGUGCGCAGACCUGCUGAAGGGGGACCCGCAGCUGCUGCUGCAGGGGCCCCCCGGGGGGCCCCCCGACCCGCUGGGCACUGCGGAAAUGCUG